AUGGGUGCCAGGAAGACUAAGCCAUGGCUCUUAUUUGUUCUGCUUCUAAUAUUGUCUUAUUACAGAACAUGCUUCUCCAUAGCUGGUGAUACCCUUUCACCAGGUCACUCUCUUUCUCAUUCAAAGAGCGAGACUAUAUUAUCUAAAGGUGACACUUUUGAGCUCGGUUUCUUCAAACCAGGAACUUCAUUAAAAAUCUACCUGGGCAUAUGGCAUAAAAGGUUUGGCCAGAAGGACAAUAUUGUUUGGGUAGCAAAUAGAGAAAACCCUUUGUCUCACCCAUCUUCCUCAACACUUAUCCUCUCAGAAGAUGGCAAUCUACUCCUGUUUCAACGUUCCUCCAAGGUCCCAUUUUGGUCUACAAAUUUGGCAUUUCAGGGGCCAAAUACAACUGAAGCAGUACUUGGUGAUGAUGGGAAUUUUGUUUUAAGAGAUAGGUCAAACGCGUCUUGUAUAUUUUGGGAGAGUUUCGACCAUCCAACCGAUACAUGGCUGCCAGGUGCAAAGCUUGGGAUCGAUAAGGUUACUGGGAAACCACAGCAGCUCAUUUCAUGGAAAAAUUCACAAGAUCCAGCACCUGGUGUGUUUUCGUUGGGGUUAGACCCAAAUGGAAGCAAUCAAUAUUUCUUAGAGUGGAACAGAUCCCAAAUCUAUUGGAGUUCUGGACUUUGGAAUUUAACAACUUUCAGCUUUGCAAAUGUUCCUGAGAUAAGCCGGAAUUCUCACUUCAACUAUAAUUUUGUGUCACAUGAAAAUGUAAGAUAUUUUACAUAUUCUAUCCUUGAUCCUUCUUCUUUCCGUUCUAAAUUUGUGAUGAAGUAUACAGGAGAGAUCACGCAAAACGUGUGGUUAGCUGGCCCUUGGGAAUGGACUUUAUAUUGGCAUUACCCGAAGAAACUAUCUGAUAUCUAUGCUUUUUGUGGUGCAUUUGGGGUGUACCGUGAGAAUUCCUCGAGCCCCUGUGAAUGUCAAAAAGGUUUUGAACCAUUUUCGAUGGAAGACGUCAGCCUAAAUGAUUGGUCAGGUGGGUGUGUGAGGAAAUCCCCUUUGCAAUGUGAGAAUAAUACGUAUGCUAAUGGCAAAAAAGAUUGGUUCAUGAAAAUAUCAAACGUGCAAUAUUUGCCUCAUUGUUCAAAACCAUAUUCGGCCGUGAGUGCUAGGAGAUGUGAACAGGCUUGCCUGAAAAAUUGUUCUUGCACAGCUUAUGCUUAUAAUAGCAGCGGGUGUAUGAUAUGGGAAGGAGCUCUUUUGACCUUACAACAACUCUCAGAUGGUGGCGAAGCUGGACAAAAUAUCUAUCUCAGACUUGCUGCUCAUGAGCAUCAAAAUACCAAAGUAGAGAAGUCUUCAAGCAAUAAUCUACUAUUAUUUGAUUUCGAUUCUGAACUCCAAGCGAUCAAUGACGGAAUGAACACCAACGGUAAUUUGAAGAAAAGAGAAAACAAGGAUGCGGAGUUACCACUUUUUAGUUAUGAAAGUGUAUCAGUUGCAACCAAUAAUUUCUCACCUGCGAAAAAGCUUGGAGAAGGAGGUUUUGGACCUGUUUAUAAGGGAAAAUUACUCAAAGGGCGGGAAAUUGCAGUGAAGAUGCUAUCAAAAAGAUCUGGACAAGGAAUUGAGGAGUUCAGAAAUGAGACAAUACUAAUUGCAAAACUCCAGCAUAAAAAUCUUGUCAGAAUCUUAGGUUGUUGUAUCGAACGAGAUGAAAAGAUAUUAAUAUAUGAGUACAUGCCAAAUAAAAGUUUGGACUUCUACCUUUUUGAUCCAACCAAGAAACAGAUGUUAGGUUGGGAGACACGCAUACACAUUAUUGAAGGGAUUGCUCAGGGGCUUCUUUAUCUUCAUCAAUAUUCAAGAUUACGAAUCAUACAUAGAGAUCUAAAACCAAGUAACAUUCUCUUGGAUAGUGAAAUGAAUCCAAAAAUAUCAGAUUUUGGCAUGGCUCGAAUAGUUGAAGGCAAUGAAACACAAGCAAACACAAACCGAAUUGUUGGAACUUAUGGCUAUAUGGCUCCUGAGUAUGUUAUGGAUGGUUCGUACUCAAUAAAGUCUGAUGUUUUUAGCUUUGGAGUAUUGGUACUAGAGAUUGUGAGUGGGAGGAAGAACAUUGGCUUCUAUAACAACGAAUCACCCAAUCUUCUUAGAUAUGCUUGGGAGUUGUGGAGAGAUGAUCAAAGUUUGGACUUGAUGGAGCCAACAAUAAGAUAUCCUUCUCCCCCUUAUGUUCUUUUGAGAUUCAUUAACAUUGGUCUUCUUUGUGUCCAAGAAAGUCCGACUGAUCGACCUACCAUGCCUGAUGUAGUCUCAAUGAUUAGCAAUGAACAUGCACCUCUACCUACACCCAAGCAACCAGCAUUUACCACGGGCCGGAAUAUGGACAUAAAUUCAUCAAUUGACAAUGCAGGAAAUUGCUCAAAAAAUAGCGUAACUUUUUCAACAAUGGAAGCCCGAUGA